AUGGAUUUCGAUAAUAUACAACCAGCUAGAAUUCUAGUAGGAAUUCUAGCCUUCUGUGGACUAUGGCCCGAUAGCAAGUUAACCCAAGAUUCAAUUUGGGCGCGAAGAUGCUGCAAAUGGCAGCCGUAUAUAGUACAUUUCUUCAUAACACUCGUUUUGAACUUUAUGAUGUGGAUGGAAGCCCUAUUGAGUAAAGAUUUCAUGCAUACGGCGGAUGUUCUAUUUAUUACCCUAACGGAGACGGCACUGAUUUGUAAAAUAUUGAAUAACUGGCACUAUACAAGGAUAGCGAAUAGCAUUCUCUUGGAGUGGAGUCAAAGCGAGAGAUUCAUUCUACAAUCGAGGGAGGAACAGGAUCUCGUUCGCCAAGAACAGCGAAAAUUUAUACGAAUCACCAUAGUUUAUUUCAUUUGCAGUUUGGGCGUUGUUCCAUGUAUAUUUUUGUCGGCUCUGUUGAAUUAUCCCAACGAGCUACCCUUCUGGAUGUGGGUACCCUUCGAUUGGCAGCAACCCCGUCUAUAUUGGUAUCCUUAUUUCUAUGAACUAGUCGCUGUGCCAUUCACCUGUCUCUCGAAUAUAACCAUGGAUCAGUUGAACUGUUAUCUUAUGUUACAAUUAUCCCUAUACCUACGAGUGUUGGGCACACGUUUAUCCCGACUCAAUCAGACUAAUGUCGCCAUGGAAGACGAGCUCUAUUUUCGGUUUAUCCAACUGGUUCAACUCCAUCGUCGACUCAAAGAACAAGCCAACGAAAUUCAAGCCUUCAUCUCGAAAAGUACUCUAAUACAGAUUCUUCUUAGCUCGUUUAUACUCUGUCUAAGCAUAUAUAGCAUGCAGAUGCUUAAUGUCUUGAACAAUCCGGGCCAAUUUGCGGCCAUGGCACAAUAUUUAUUUGCGAUGACCAUGCAAAUCUAUUUGCCCAGCAUCUAUGGCAAUGCGGUGACCUAUUAUUGUAGUGAACUACCAAAUGCUUUGUACUCUUCGGAAUGGCCGGACAUGAGUGUCCGUAUGCGUCGCAUGGUAUAUUCCUUUAUGAUUUGUCUAAAUCAACCAAUGAAUCUAACAGCUGGAGGCUUCUUUUGCGUGGGUUUACCUUUAUUUACAAAGAUAUUAAACCAAUCCUAUAGUCUAUUGGCCUUGCUGCUCAAUAUGAACAAAUAGAUCAAGUUAUUGUCAAU